AUCAAAAUUUAAGAUUAACUGGGAAGUAGUCCCAAAUAUUACGUCAUAAGUAGUAAUUUGGAGCGGAUAGAGGACAGAACAAGGAGAAGAAGGUGAAGUCGAAGAAGUGAGCGUGUUUCAGUGUUUUCUUCUCAUUUGGAUCUGCAGAGAGAAGAGCCAUGACCGUCUUUCACUUCUUUAACUGCGCGAUUCUCACCUUCGGUCCCCACGCCGUCUACUAUUCCGCCACACCCUUAUCUGAGUAUGAUACACUCGGCACCUCUAUCAAAGCCGCUGUAGUUUAUCUUGCGACGGCGUUGGUGAAGCUUAUUUGUUUAGCUACCUUUCUCAAGGUAUCGGAGAGUGAUAGCUUUGAUCCGUAUCAGGAGUUUUUGAAGGCAUUAAUAGGUUUUAUAGAUGUUGCUGGGCUUUAUUUUGCCUUGACCCAGUUGACUCACAGGAAUAUCUCGCAGAAUCAUAAAUUUCAAGCAGUUGGACUUGGCUGGGCGUUUGCUGACUCUGUACUGCAUCGGUUGGCUCCUCUUUGGGUUGGUGCCAGAGGAUUAGAAUUUACUUGGGAUUACAUUCUCCAGGGCCUUGAGGCUAAUGCGAAUUUGGUGUUGAGUAUAUCCCUUGCUGCACUUGGAUCUUUGAUGUGGCUUCGAAAAAAUAAGCCAAAGACCCUCAUCCCUAUUAUUUAUUUGAGUGCCGGGAUUGUAGCAACCAUGCCAUCUAUCACAAGCUAUCUGAGGCGUGGAUUGGGGUGGCACUUUCCUAAAGUGGUAGGCUUUGAGCUGUUCACAUCUCUGGUGAUGGCUUUUAUUAGCUGGCAACUGUUUGCUGCGUGUCAGAGACCCUCGGUGUGAGAAAGCUGUUUGCACAAUGAUAGAAUCCUGGUUAACUAUUUUCUGGCUGGAGUUUUGGUCCAGAGUCAUCUGCUUCUUUUGGCAGCCGCAAUGAUUUUAGUUUCAUAAAUGUUUUAUCAAUUGUAGUUUCUUAAUAGUUUGAUUAAAUUUAACACGCUUAUUUAUCUUCUAGCGGUAGAAUGUUGACUGCUGCAAUUCAUUAGAAAUUUUUGUCAUCGUCUGGGAUAACAGGUUGCAAACUCUUUAUGUUUGAAACUCCGUAGGAUUUCCCAUUUUUAA